CUUCCUAAUAAGCCACCGCUAAAAUGAAAGUAGCACAUGCGACUUAUUGAAAGGACAUUUCCAAUAAGCAAAAAAAAAUAUUUCUUAUUAUGUCUGUGUCUCAGCCUCUCACGCACUGUGUUGAUGGCUGCGGGUAGAGGGCUUUCCGGGGUUUCCUGCCUGCAGUCUACCCUUCGCAAAGUAAAAAUUAGGAAAAGUCCUUGUUUUCAGCUGGGUUGACCCAAUGACUACUUUGUGCAUGUGCUUUUUUAGUGAAGGUGUCUUUUUAAGUCUGAAUUUCCCAGUGGCUACUUUAAUGUUUAUUACCAUCACAUUGCUAAUGCGCAGUGCUCACACGAGUUGAUCGGAUAUCUGCGAUUGUAUACAUGCAUGCAUCUUGACCACCGGCCCUCUCACCCUCUUCAUCUGCCCCCUCCCAGCCUCUAGUGAUCCAUCUUCUAUGGGAGGAUUUUUAAAAAUCUUACAUCUCCCUGAGAAGAUUGCAUCUUUCUGAUGAUCUGAUCAGGCAGUGCUAAGUGGAUCUCUAACUACCAUCUCCAGACUAUGCUGGCAGACAGACUCAAGGCAGAGAGGAAGGCAGUGAGAACCACGGAAGUUGUAUAGCAAGUUUUCAAAGCCAGCAUCCAAAGAAGGAGCUGGAGCAAACUCUACCAAGCUACAGAGAUCUGUAAUGGGCACCCCCUCUUUUGUUCUUUCUUUUCUUCUCUCUCCAGGGGUUUGCUGUCCCUCGCUAAGUAGGCACUUGACAGUAUGUAGGGAAACUUUGGUUGGCACAAUUAGGAAUGUGGAUGAGAGCACUACCAGCGUUUGGUCAUUAGAGGUCGGGAAUGCUAGUGAAUGUUCUAGAAUGUGUAGAAUGAAUCUGACAGCCAAGUAAUCAGCAAUGCUGCCAUUAGGAACCCCCAUCUGUGAGCAGAGCCAGUCCGUGAGAGCGAAGGCAAGUCUCCUAACAGCUGGUGAGAGACUUUGUGCUCAAGGGCUAUGGCUUUCCUUCCAAAAGAUAAGACUCUAACCAGGUCAGAAACAGGCUUUAAGAAAUUAAUCUUAUUCUUUUCAGAUAUCCAGUUGCAGAGUUAGCGAGCCAGUGCGGCUUUUAUUAAAAUCUCUGGCUAAAGAGGGGCUGGCUCCGUAACUCCUUUCUGGGGCUUCUUUCUGUACCUUUCAUGUAGAAACCAUGCAGGUUUAGAAAAUUCCCCCACAUUCUCCGGCGAGAGCCACUGAGGACAGCAUCUGGGAGCACUUGGCAUUGUCCUCUGACUCUGAGCCUCCUGGGAGCCCUGAGACUCUAGAUUCCCUCCAGGUCUCCACACAGCUCCACAUUCCUCAGGCAGCAGGCUGGGCCUGCUUCCUCACGGCCUUUCUGCCUUUGCUUCAGCUGAUUCUUGUACCUGAUCACACAUUUCCUGUAGGACAAGAACCAAAGCAGGGCAGUGUCUGUCCGUGGUGGCUGGAGAAGGGUGGCAACAGCCGUGUAGCCACAUCCUGAAGUCACAUCUCCGUUCUAGUCUGUCUGUGGAGCUUUGCUGGCUGGGCCUGGUCACUCCUGGCAGGAUAGUCUCAGGGAGUUUGCUCUUAGGACCCCUCCCCAAGCUCCUUUGGAACCUAAUUUUCUUUCAGUGUACAAAUGAAAAUGUCAACUCAGCAAAAUGAACCUCUGUGAGAAAUGAUGGUUUCUCAGAUCAUCACGGGUGAGGCAGUUAGCAUUUUCAGUUUCAGCUGGAAAAUUUACCUCUUUAAAUAUGAAUAUUAUUUUUUUCCAGUAAGUUAAGCCGGUUGUGGUCAAAAAGAAGAGAAAAGAAAAAACUUCAACAAACAUGAACAUGUGGUUUUCAAGGAAAAAAAAGUGCUAUAAUUAACAUUUAUAAAUAGUUUCUAUUAAAUAAGCAUUUUGGCAAACAUGGGAAGGCCAGCACCUUGCCCUGGUGACAGGCAAGCUACCCUGAUAGAAGGAACUAGAUAAGGCCUGCUGGGCUUGCGGCUACCUAUGCAAAGCAAGGCGGAUGGGCUUGUGUUAUUAGUCAACAUUCAUAGCGGGCGAGUGCGCAGCUUGGAAAAAUGCAAAGCAGGCGGCUCUUUCAGCUGAUUGUCCCUGAGAAGACGCAGGCUCUCUCCGCAGCUGGGAAGGAGGGAGGCCUUUGGUUGGAAGUUAGUGGCUUCCGUGCAUAGCGGUGAAGAGAAGAUGUGCCAACUUCAGGGGGAGAACAACACCUCACAGACAUUUGCUGAAGGAAGCAGCAGUGUGGGCGAAAAGAACCCCGGAAGGAGCUCUUGGAGGAGAGUUAGGCCAGUUUCAGGCGUUGCCCUUCCAGAGCCAAGGCUGUAUGUAGCUCAGCAGGAGCACUGUGAGCGGUCAGCUUUUGCCUGUUUUCAGAAGGCCAAACUCAAGCCAGCAAGCCCGGGAAACAAAACGCUCAUCAGCGACUUGGUCACUCAGCUGAGGAGGAGGCUGCCGGCCACGAAGGGGAGGAAGCCGAGGAGCACAGCUAAAUGUCCUUCCUGUGAUUCUUAUGAGAAAAAAGCACCCAAGGAAUUCCUAGAAAGACUAAAAUGGCUCCUUCAAAAGAUGACACAUCAGCAGCUUUCCUAGAACGCACAGGACCUGAAGAUUCCCAAGGACCCGAGGAGACACUGGACACUAUAGACACUCACAAGCGCAGGAGUGCACCUUGCUUCCUGGACUGUGACUGGAGAAGUACAAUAUAUUACGAUAGGAAUGACUCAUAAAAGCUGUAGGCUAAGAUCCUUUGCCAAAGUACUACACAGAUACUGCGUUCACUGACAGGUUCCAUGCUGUCAACAUGGGAAAUCUCUCCUCGGAGAGCUCAGCUUCCCGCGUCGUGGAUUUCUGUGGCUUCUCAUCUUAUUUCCCAACGGGGACAUGCUUUGAUUGGAAGGGAAAAAAACUAAAGAUUUUAACUAAAAAUACAGCUAGGGAAUUUGUCGGUCUGCAAGAAUAAGAUCUUUUGUGAUCCUAACGGAAUGAUGUAAGCUGAAAAUACAGAAGCGGAGGAUGAAAUCGGAAAUUGAAGUCUUUAUUCUUUAAGGAAAACCUUGUACUUAAAAGCAUGUCUGAAGGGCUUGCUCGUUCUAAUCAAACAUCCAGCAUGCGGAUGUCUAGUCUAUUGAUGCUCUAGGGGAGAGUUUUCCUAGACGGGUACGAGCAAGUUUUCUUUUUUAUUAGGGCUAUCAAAAUAUUUAAAUAGUUAGAAUUUAACCCAUUCAUGAACUUCUCUCCCGGUCUUCCUUGUCUUUCUAAAGUGGCAAUGGCAUAUUAAGAAGCAGGCUUCACUUGCCUUCCCCCAAUGUCAAGCCAUUUUAUAAGCUAAUACUUUAAACUUGUGAGGAUGGUAACUAAAACCUGUGGUAGGGCUAACAUCAGCAGAAUCUUCGGGAGCCAAUCGAGUUUCGAAGUUUUGUAGCUCUCAUCUCAAAUGGUGUGGGUGUCUUGUGAUCAGUCUGCUAACUCCAGCCUUCAGACUCCUUUCCCACCCCUGCUCUUUCCUUUCCUCUUUGUAGAGCAGGUCUUCUGAGAUACAGACAUUUCAAACAUGUGGAGCAUUUAAGAAACGUUGCGUGAACCCUUUUGAUAAGUUAAAUUCGACCAUUUGUUUAAAGUCAAAAUCAGGAGAUAAACUAAGAGACCAGAGGUUCUGUCCCAGUUUUAAACAGACUUUUACUUAACCUUUCAAUCUUUUAACCCGAGAUGGUAAAAAUAAGCAAAGGGUUCUGCCAUUUAAUGUAAAUUCUGACAGUCUGUUUCAAUGUGAGGUUAAAGUCUAGUAAGCUAUUUGCCCUGGAAUAGUACAACCUCUUUGAGAAUUUCUUAUUGUUAAAAUGGACCUGAGAGCCCAGGAGCAUGUACCGGGGCAGGAGG